AUGGCCGGAAGAGGUAACGGAAGAAACGACGAUGCUAUUGCUGAAGCAUUGGGAAUGUUGGCUGGAGUACUCGGAGGGAACCAGCAGGGAGCUGUGAUUGGUGCUGACCGACAAUUGGGGAAUUUUCAGAGGAAUAAUCCUCCGUUGUUCAAGGGUGCACAUGAUCCCGAAGAGGUUGGUGUCGAAGAUGUGACUAUGUCGGUUAAACAGAUGAACCUAGCUGUGAAAGAUGGUGCUGUGGUAUUUAUGUUGUAUUCUGCAAUAGAAGCGGAGGGAAAAACAAAGAGUGAUGGAUUUCCAGUGGUGAAUGAAUUUCCAGAGGUGUUUCCGGAAGACCUACCAUUUCUCAUUCAGACAUAA